AUGCAGCAGCAGCAGCAGCAGCAGCUGCAGCAGCAGCAGCAGCAGCUGCAGCAGUUUGCGGAUGUGGAGCUGCCUGAGUUGUUUGUUGUUGCCCUUCAAGGCAGCAGCAGCAGCAGCAGCAGCAGCAGCAGCAGCAGCACGGAGGCAGCUCGUCGUCAUAUAAGAGGAAAGAUAUGCUCGUUGCUGAGCAGCAGCAGCAGCAGCAGCAUUGAGUUGUUUACUAAGGGUGGAGCAGCAGCAGCAGCAACAGCAGCAGCAGCAGCGCAGCAGCUGCUGCAGCAGCUGCAGCAGACACAGGUGCUGCUGUUUUCUCUAACAGAGGGAGAUGCUGCAGCACCGCUGCGCCUCAAAGGAAAACUCCUCACCAGCAGCAGCAGCAGCAGCAGCAGCAGCAGCAGCAGCAGCAGCAGCAGCAGCAGCAGCAGCGAGAAGGUGUAUGUGGAGCUGAACUGUCUUCUUGCUGCUCCCGAAAGCGAAAAAGAGAAAAUAAAAGAGAAGCAAUCUCUUUUUUCUUUUUGUUAUUUUGCUGCUGCUGAGGGUGCAGCUCUAGCUGCUGCUGCUGCUGCAGCAGCAGCAGCAGCAGCAGCAGCAGCAGGACCUGCUGCUGCUGCUGCUGAUGAGCAGCAGCAACAUAUUCAAGCGGGUGUUGUUGCUGCUGCUUAUGUUAUUGCUGUUAGUUUAUGUUCUCUUUCCUUGCUGCCGUAUAUAAUAGAUACAAACACAGAAAAAGAAAAAACAAAUAAAAAUAAAAAAGAAAAACAAAAGCAGCAGCAGCAGCAGCAAGAAGAAGAAGAAGAAGAAGAAGCAGCAGCAGCAGCAGCAGCAGCAGAAGAAGAUGAAGAAGAAGAAACAGAAGAAGAAGACAUGCAAGCUGCGGUGUAUGCACUGGAGUUGCUGCUGCCUGUAUCACAGCAACUAUCUCAGCUGCUGCAGCAGCAGCAGCAGCAGCAGCAGCAGCAGCAGCAGCAGCAGCAGCAGCCGCGAGAGGAGGAAGCAGCAGCAGCACUAGCUGCAUUGAGAGAAGCAGGAAUGAUAAGCAGCAAGCUGCUGCUGCUGCGGGGUGCUGCAGCAGCAAGAAGAGUGAUUAGGGAGAUAGGUGUUUGCCUCUGGCGGUGUUUUUGUGUAUAUACACCCCAACGGGGUGUAUAUGCAGUUGCUGCUGCUGCUACUGCUACUGCUGCUGCAGCAGAAUAUAAAACACUCAAAGAAUUUUGCUUUUAUAAAGAAAAAGAAAAAGAAGAGACAGAAGAGGAGACAGAGACAGAAGAGGAGACAGAGACAGAGACAGAGACAGAAGAAGAAGAUAUAUAUAAAAAUAUUAAAAUAAAUACAAAGACAAAGACAGAUGUAAAUAACAAAAAAAAGAAAAAAUAUAAUCAAGGAGACAGCGAAGAAGAGACAGAAAAAGAGACAGAAGAAGAGACAGAAGAAGAGGAGACAGAAGAAGAAGAAGAAAUAAAUAAAAAUAAAAAAAUAAAUAAAAAAAUGAAGACAACGACAGAUGUAAAUAUUAAAAAAAAGAAAAAAAAUAUAAAUUAUAAUCAAGAAGAGACAGAAAAAGAAACAGAAACAGAAGAAGAGACAGAAGAAGAGACAGAAGAAGAAGAGACAGAAGAAGAGGAGACAGAAGAAAUAAAAAUAAAAAAACAAAAACAAAUAAAAAUAAAAAUAAAAAAAGAAAAAGAAAAAGAAAAAGAAAAAGAAGAGGGAAUGGAUAUUUUGCUGUCUGCGGAUGAAGCCUUAAAACAACUGACUCAACAAAAUACGAAAAGUGACUCUGUGUUUUCAUCAUUUAUAAAUUCAUCUUUUGGUAUUUCUGUUCGCCGUUUGCAUUUUUUGCGUCGGCGGCGUUUUGCUGAAUUUCGUUUGCGGGCUGUUGCUGCUCUUCAGCUGUAUAUACACUCCACCACUAAUAUAUCCUGCUGCUGCAGCAGCAGCAGCAGCAGCAGCAGCAGCAGCGGGAGUAGCAGCAGCAGCGGGAGUAGCAGCAGCGGGAGUAGCGGGAGUUGCAGCAACAGCAGCAACAGCAAUAGCAGCAGCAGCGGAACCACCUCCAGCAGCAGCAGCAGCAGCAGCAGCAACAGCAGCAGCAACAGCAGCAGCAGCAGCAGCAGCAGCAGCAGCAGCAGCAGCAAUUCACUAGCAUUAGAGUUGGUGGUUAUAUUAUAUGAUGCAUACAGCCGAAUGCUGCUGCAGGAAGCACAAGCAAGACAAAGACAGCAGAGGCUUGGGGUGUAUAGGGACCUCACUAACAAAAUUAAACAAACCAUAGAAACAACACUCAAAACCAUCACCAGCAGCAGCAGCAGCAGCAGCAACAGCAGCAGCAGCAGCAGCAGCAGCAGCAGCAAGGAGCAGCAAGGAGCUCCACUGGUGCUGUGUUAUCAGGCGUUGCAGCAGCAAAAUCUGAGGGUUUUGCUGCAGCAGCACGAAGCAGCAGAAACAGCAGCAGCAGCAGCAGCAGCAGCAGCAGGAGAGGAUUCAACUGCAUCUUCUACAAAAAAGCAAAAGAAAGACAGCAACAGAAAUUCUGCAGCAGCAGCAGCAGCAGCAGCAGCGCCAGCAGCAGCAGCAGCAGCAGCAGCAAAUAGUUAUUUAUAUUCUCCGUUGCUGCCGCCGCCAGAGAGAGAGGGAAGCAUGCAGCUGCUGCUGCGCAGCACUGCAGCAGCAGCAGCAAGCUGGCUCACCUUCGGGUGUACAGACACCUCAAACCCCACCCAACAGCAGCAGCAGCAGCAGCAGGAGCAGCAGCAGGAGCAGCAGCAGCAGCAGGAGCAGCAGCAGCAGCAGCAGCAGGAAUAUAUAAAUUAUAUUGGUUGGUGUUUUGUUGGGGGGCUGAUGAUGAAGGUGCUGCGGGCCAGCAGCAGGAAGCUGCCAGCAGCAGCAGCAGCAGCAAAUCAGUGUCUUGACACCCCGAUGCCCUCAAAGCACCAGCAGCAGCAGCAGCAGCAGCAGCAGCAGGAGCAGCAGCAGGAGAAGGAGAAGGAGAAGGAACAGCAGCAGCAGCAACAGCAGCAGCAACAGCAGCAGCAGCAGCAGCAGCAGCAGCAGAAAAAAAUAAAAUAA